UCCCCUGGAGCUCUGAGACAGUCCCCUGGGGCUCUGAGACAGUCCCCUGGGGCUCUGAGACAGUCCCCUGGGGCUCUGAGACAGUCCCCUGGGGCUCUGAGACAGUCCCCUGGAGCUCUGAGACAGUCCCCUGGGGCUCUGAGACAGUCCCCUGGAGCUCUGAGACAGUCCCCUGGAGCUCUGAGACAGUCCCCUGGGGCUCUGAGACAGUCCCCUGGAGCUCUGAGACAGUCCCCUGGAUCUCUGUUAAGACGGACCUCCUCGGUCGUUCAGGCUCACCUGUGGCUGUGGGAGGACAUCACUUACCUGACCCAUCAGACUCACCUGCAGGACAGACAGAACCACGCCCCAGAGCAGACACAACUCACCUGGACAGACAGAACCACGCCCCAGAGCAGACACAACUCACCUGGACAGACAGAACCACGCCCCAGAGCAGACACAACUCACCUGGACAGACAGAACCACGCCCCAGAGCAGACACAACUCACCUGCAGGACAGACAGAACCACGCCCCAGAGCAGACACAACUCACCUGCAGGACAGACAGAACCACGCCCCAGAGCAGACACAACUCACCUGCAGGACAGACAGAACCACGCCCCAGAGCAGACACAGCUCACCUGGACAGAAGACCCAGCUCACCUGGACAGAAGACCCAGCUCACCUGGACAGAAGACCCAGCUCACCUGGACAGAAGACCCAACUCACCUGGACAGAAGACCCAACUCACCUGGACAGAAGACCCAGCCCACCUGCAGUCCUGAAGGUAUCCCAGAGUUCCACCAGGUCCAGUCCAGCCUCCUAGUCGAGCCUCUCUCUCUGUCCCCCUGCUUCCUGCUGUUCUGUAGUUGGCGCUGCUGUCAUUAUGGACUGUUAGCAGAUCUACAUUUACUACACACCAAGUGAGGUAAGAUCUCUGGUCUUGUCUUUUUUGUGUGAGAAACGUUUUUCAUGUUUUGUUAAAUGAUUUGCUAUUUCUUUAAUAAGCUCAGCAACGAACACACUUCUCAUAUGCCUUUUUUUUUUGUUGCAAUGUUUUGAGAGCUGCGCGUUUGACCACAAGCAACAGGCAUCAGAACCAUUUGCAUUGUGUUGGUUUGAAUAAGGAACUGUGAAGGGCUAUGAAAUACUACUUUCCCAUCAGCCCAGAGACGGAGUUAGAAUACUGUUGGAUAGAGGGGGUUAGAUAGAGGGGGUUAGA